AAUGAAAUUGGUGACACCUGAAAUUGCUUGGCAUAACAGAGAUCCAAUAUACGCCUGUGAUUUACAGCCUCCUCAAGAAGGCAGCGAACUUCAAAGAUUAGCAACUUGUGGUCCUGAUAGAGUUAUUAGAAUAUGGAAUAUAAGUUUUCAUGAUGACUAUAAAGUAAAAGUGGAAUUCUUAUCUAGUUUAUUGCGACAUUCUAAAGCUGUUAACGUGGUUCGAUUUAGCCCAAAUGGUCAUUAUUUAGCUUCUGGUGGAGAUGAUAACGCAAUUAUAAUUUGGAAGUUGAGUAGUACAUCGGCAACUAGUAAUAAUACUCUACAAGAAGAUGAUGGAGAAAUAACUGAAGUAUGGGUGUCUGGAAAAGUCUUGCGAGGACAUUUAGGUGAUAUUUAUGAUAUUAGUUGGUCUUCUGAUGGUAAACAAUUGAUUUCUGGUUCUAUCGAUAAUAGUGCUAUACUGUGGGAUGUGAAAAAAGCAUGUCGCUUGGCAAUAUUUCCGGAGCAUAAGAGUUUUGUGCAAGGUGUUUCUUUUGAUCCAAAAGGAGUAUAUAUAGCAACUCAUUGUGCCGAUAGAGUCUGUCGAAUUUAUAAUGUCCAAAGUAAAAGUUGCCAAUAUAGAAUCGUUAAAUGGACAUAUAAAGAGAAAUUAAGAAAAAUGUUCUAUGAUGAUACCAUGAAGUCAUUUUUUCGACGGCUCUCUUUUUCACCAGACGGAAACCUAUUAGUAGUUCCAUCUGGUUAUGUUGAAUGCGAUGAAAAUGACAAUGUAAACACAACAUUUGUAUUAGGAAGACACUCUUGGACUAAGCCCAUUAUGCAUUUACCAGUCAUUGGAAAAACAACACUUGCUGUAAGAUUCUGUCCUAAAUUAUUCAAGCUUAGGGAGCCAGAAGCUGGCAAUAAAAUAUUUGAUUUGCCCUAUAGAAUGAUAUUUGCAGUAGCUUCAGAGGAAAGCGUUGUUUUAUACGAUACACAGCAAACUCAUCCGUUUUCAUUAAUUAGCAAUAUUCACUAUCAGCAACUAACUGAUCUUACUUGGUCUGCUGAUGCGACACUUCUAAUUAUUGCUUCAUCAGACGGAUAUGUUUCUAUUGUCACAUUUGAAAAGGGAGAAUUAGGUGAAUUUUAUGAAAAGCCACCAAUAUUAUCUUAUGGAAGACAAGAUUCAAACUUAUCGAAUAAUAUAUCGGAAUCGGAAAAAAAUGCUGACGGCGAAGACGCCGAUCAGAGUAUUAAUUUAUCAAGGACUGAAAGCAGUGAAGAUAAUUUAAAAACACCUCAAACUAUCAAAGAUGAUGAAGAAGGAGGCAGUUCAAACACUCUGGAACUUAAACAGACACCUUCUAAAACGAAACCUACACAAAAUUUGAAUGAUACACCGAAAACAGCUAAAUCAAACGAGGUAACAAUCUCACCAGCAACUUCCGAAAAAGCAGGAAAUCUAAAACCAAGACGCGUUCAACUGACUACCUUAAGUAGUGUCACACAACCUAAAUCUCAAGCAGCACCAAGAAGAGUUCAAGUCACCACUUUAUCAACACUUUGGGGAAGUCAAAAAAAAGUUGAGAAAAAAGAUGAACCAAAAGAAGUUGAUGAGGGCAAGCCCAGUUCUCAACCGGUUGAUAGUGACUGUGAUUUACAAUUAGAAAAUACGAAUGAUGGUUUUGUUGAUAAGCAAAUGGACAUUGAUUGA